AUGUCCACCCCGGAGGACCCCCAAUCACAAACUGAAGACCAAUCCUUCCAACAACAACAGCCAACAAUACAAUACCGACUCCCAGUCCACACCCACCACUGCCGCUUCUGCAAUCACCUCCUCCUAGCAACAACCCGCGACAUCUCCUCCCUCCCGCGCCGCAAAGACCCAGCCCAAGACAAAGCCAUCAUCCUCCCCCUCCCAACAUCAAGCACCGCCGAGGACUCAACCCCCAACCAACAAGAACACUACACCAUCCUCCUUUCGACAACGGUACCGGAUCGCAAGGCGACGCUCGUACGGCGCGAGGACGGCUUUGAGAAGAGAUUGUUUCUGCGGUGUGGACGGUGUCGGGUUGUUGUGGGGUAUUUCUUGGAUGGGGUGCUUUUCCCAAUGACAUCUGUUGCUGCCUCUGCUUCUGGGGGUGAUGGGGAGGCAGAAGAGGGGGAAAGGAAGGAGAAGGUUGUUUAUUUGCUUCCGGGGGCGUUGGUGGAGACGGGGGUUAUGGGGGAUGAGGCCAGGUUGAAGGGGGUUGAUGAGGAGUGGAGGGGGUGGAAGGCGGAGGUUUAG